GACGGAGAGGAAAGCCCCGGUGACACAACCAACGCGACACAAACAAAACGAGCCAUGCAGUCGGUGUGCAGGUCGUGGCUGCUGCUUACCUGCUUCGUGCUGUUCUACGUCAUCUACCUGGUCUUGGGAGCGCUCGUUUUCUCCAGCGUCGAGCGGCCGGUGGAGGACAAGCUGCGGCAGGACGUGGACGCCCUGAAGCAGGAGUUCCUGAACCAGAGCUGCGUCAACGCCGCGUCGCUCGAGCGCUUUCUGCUCAAAGUGCUGACGGCCAACAAGUACGGGGUCUCCGUCCUCGGGAGCGCCUCCGUCGCCUCCAACUGGGACCUGGUGUCCUCCAUGUUCUUCGCCAACACUCUGGUCACCACCGUCGGUUACGGUUAUACCGCUCCCCUGUCGGACACGGGCAAGGCCUUCUCCAUCCUCUACGCCCUGAUCGGAGUCCCCUUCACCAUGCUGGUGCUUACCGCCUGCGUCCAGAGGAUCAUGCACCCUCUGGUCGUCGUGCCCGUCGGCCACCUGCAGCGCUGCGGCAUGCAGCCUCGCGUGGCCACCGUCGUGCACUUCCUGCUGCUGCUGGCCGUGGUGGUGCUGUGCUUCUUCGUGACGCCGGCGGCCGUCUUCAGCGCGCUGGAGCCGUCCUGGUCGUUCUUGGACGGCAUCUACUUCUGUUUCAUCUCCCUGUGCACCAUCGGACUGGGAGAUUUCGUCCCGGCGACACAGCCCCAGCAGAAUUACCGGCAGCUGUACCAGCUCUCCGUCAUCGUCUACCUGUUCGUGGGCUUGAUGAUGAUGUUCCUCCUGCUGCGCACCAUCCACAAAAUGGCCGACCUGCACGGCCUGACCAGCUUCUUGCAGCUGCCGCCCUGCGAGGUCGACCUGGACGACGACCGGAAGCCCAUCGUGGAGGACCGACACGAGGCUUUCCUCACGGAGAAAGAGGACAUGAGGCCCCUGGAGCCCGGAUCGCAGCCCUCCUACAACACCAUCAACACGAGCUGAGCUGUGGGCGGAGGCAGAGAUGAUGAGGGAAAAAGAAAAAAGCUCCACCUGACAUCCAGACUGGUGGCUGAAUCUGAAUUAUUGUCUUCAUUUGUUGCUUUUGUCUUCUUCACCCAGGUCCUUCUUUUUAUGUUUCACGUCUGCACAUCACGGGGAAAGCACCUCCACACUGUGGACCGGACCGUCCAGCCAUAUGUUAGAGCCUCGGUUGGCCUUCACCACUUGACUUCGUCUUCAUGAGCUUGAAUGAUCACCACUGCAGUGAAAUGACACAGAUCUGGAAAAGCCUAAUCGGUGACGUCAAAUGUGGACCGUUUAAAACUCGGGGUGUGUUUGGAUUUCCUGUGUAGAAGCGGCAGCUGGCCCGGGUCGGCCUUGAAGACAGAAUCCAGGGACCAGCACUGGGGUGGCCUCAGGACACGGGGCCCCUGGCCGCUCUCCUUUUUAGGGUGCUGCUACAUGGUACUAUACCUCCAGAAGACCAAGACACACCGGGUCAAAGGGUCGGAACAGGAAGCGACAAGACUGUAAAUAAUAAGUGUUUCAUUGCGGUGAGGAAGGAUUUAUUCUCGAUGCAUAAAGCACAUGUUACUUGUCAAACAUGGCACCUUAUGUGAGAUUUUUGGACGUCGGGAACACUUAAAUGCACUUUAACAUUCGCAGCAGUUAUUUUUCAUUUCUGAUUAGAAGUUGAAGUUGAAGUAGGCUUAUGUCCUGGUACUGUAAACACAAGGUAUUUAUGUUUUGUGUAGAACCAUCAGUUUCACAUGUUUUCACAUUGCACAACUGUGAAUUAAAAGAACCUUUCCUUGUA